AUGGAUAAAAAUCUAGAAGUUUCUGAUUUAAGUUCAAUUAAACCAAUAAGAGUUAGUAAUAAUAGUGAAUUGAUUUAUUUUAAUAUUGCUAAAACAGUAAAUGAUUUUAUAUAGUUAGAUUGAUAUCAAUAUUCUUUAAGGAGUAGAAAUAGAUUUACAAAAUAAGGAAGUUCAAGUAUUUUAAAAUGGUGAUGUUGCUUUUGGUGUUUAAGUGAUAGAAGAUAUAACAUGUAAACAAAUAGUGCCAUUAUUCAUAAAUCAUGGAAAAUUUGAGAGUAAUUAAACGCAAAUAAGUGUUAGAGAAAGAAAUAAGCAAAGUUGUAAACAUAUUUGAGACUGUACCAAUGACUGGAAUAAAGAGAAGAGCAAUAAAAAAAAUAUAACCUGUAAAAAAUAAGAUUUUACUUUUAGAGAAGCUUAAUAAAUAAGAAUUGAUUGAUAGAUUAGGG